AUGGCUGCCGCAGGAGGAGCUGCGAGUAUUAUUACUCAGGUGCAACAGGGCGGGCCGCCUGUUAGCACUCUUGGAGAUGUUGGUGCCGAUGAGACGAUUGCCAUGGACCUAAGGGACGAGCUGCUUACUUUGCCCGAGUUUGUGCUGCUAUCCUUGUUCCCCAACGGAUUAUUCCCUGAGGGCCAAAUGGGCGGCUUUGCAGACGGCGAUGCAGUGCAAGUCGACUACAUGCUUGACUUCUUUAGGGACGUAGCACAAUCUAUCCCCACAGAUGGAUCACCAAAUGCGUCUCAGGAUGAGGAUACGCCUUCUCUCGGCACCUCGCGUGACGACUCUAAGCGAGCCGGUAUCAUUGUGUUGCGUGAGGACCUCGACUUUUAUGCUAUCCCUCCACGAGCGGAUAUUGGCCCGCUUGAUAUGAUUGCCGUGAAACGGGCAGCUGCAGAGGCUUUGCAGCAGCAGAACGGCAUCUUUUCGGGUCUCAAGCGAAGCGAUGAGCCGGGUACUACUGAGGCCCACUUGAUCGAGAUGCUGACGGCAGGUGGUUUCAACCAUGAUGAUCGAUGGGGUCACCGAGCUGGUGAGCCUAACAAGGCCGUCAUCUGCAGUCUGGCUCUUGCCCGUCUACGCAGCGACAUUCGGGGUAACGAGAUGGGCACUAAUGCUGUCGGUAUGGCCCAGAAGCUUCUGCUCUUCUGGCGUAAGCCUGCUCGGCGAUGCUGGUGGGAGGGUGUCGAGCUUGAUAAUGUUGCAGGUGUCGAGGGCAAGCUCAAGGUCUGGAUCCGAAGAGUAUGGACCCUCGAGAUGAGUGUUAUUGGCCUGCGCUAG